GCUCCGGCCCAUGGCCAGAAAACGUUGCCAACGCCUGCUCUAUACCUUUAAAGCAUAUUAUUUCUCAAAGAAUUCUGGGUACUGUAGUUUACUCCCUCACCGUGACAAUUCUCAACAAUCCUGAACAAACUACAGUGCCCAGAAUUCUUUAAGGGAUGAAUGUGCUUCAAAUAUGUUUUAAGGGUAUAGUGUGUACACUGCUGGCUGGUAGCCAAUGCUACUCUCAUUCUCCGUGAAUUUGUCUUAACCCGCCUCCCUUUUAAAAAUCAAUUUAGUGGCGACCACUGCAUCCUGCGGCAGACUGUUUAACUUUUCUUGUCAUGUUUGCUUUCUACUUGCAAUAAAUGCUUUAAGUGCCUCUUUUAAAUAGUGUUUCCUGAGCCCCCAGUGUGACAUGAUGCAGUUAAUGCUAUCAAUUAGUACAUUCUGAGAGCGAAAGAGAGAGAAGGAAAACAAAAUUCAUUUAGCACCAGAGAGCAGCCUUGCUUGAAAGUACAUCCUGGGCAGUCUCCAAAAACACAGGAACUGCAUCUCUCUUGGCUUGGAAUAGGCCAAAAAAGGACCUUCUUGAGAGGCACAAAGCAGAAUUAGAUACCCGAGUUCUGAGACAGUAUAAGGAUAGCAACUUCAAAGAGCCAUCUGCGGAGAUGUUAUCAAAUGCCCUCCGUUAGCGUUUCUCUCUCUCUCUCGCAGAAACGGGGGAAUUGCUAUAGGCCUGGAGAGCGUGAUGGCAGCUUUAAGAGAAAGGCCACCUUUAAUUGGCGUGCACGUGCACCCUUAGUGGAAUAGGCCGCUGGGAUCCUGACCCUCACGGUGCGGCAUUCGCAGACCAGGCCUUGGGCUGCCCUCUGCCAGCCAGCCGGUUGCUUCCUGGGAACAGCUGCCCGCUUCCCUUUUAUCUGCCUGCGCUUUCCAAGGUGCGGGGUAUCUUCCGUCGCGCUGCCACUUUGUCUUUGCUAUUACUGUACAUCCGAUCCCUGCAAGAGGAGCUUGGCAGCCCGCUUCCUCCAAAUGGGAAAAAGGGAGGGCCCCUUAUUAAGGCGGGCGCGACCUGCGUUGGAGGGAGGCUUGGCAAAGGAUGGAACCCGGGCGGAAUAGGCGUCUCCAAGCCGGCUCUGCCCGCGCGUCUUGCUGCAGCGUUUUGAACGGCCUGGCGAACUCGCCUUCUCGGCCCCCACCGCUAGUAGCGGCAGAAAGCCGGUAGCCUGCGGAUCAGCAGCCACCCUCGUCGCCUUGCUGCAAUCUCUAGAAGGCCUGAGGCUCUUCAUUUCCUAGGUAGGGACGAUUAUUCCGCGCGUCCUCCUCUUUCAAUCCCCCAGGAGCUGAACUGGAAGCAGGUCUGUGCGCAAAGGUGCGCGCGCCGCGGAACCGGCCGACUUACCGGUAUCUCCCACGAUUCUAUUCUAUUCUAUUUACAGAACCGCUAAAACAUAGAAAAAGUGAUCAUUUAAACCUUGAUCAAAAUAAAACCGUCUGCAUAUAUGUGACGAAACCGAGGCAAAGAAAGCUGUCCAUCAGACGCAUGGUAUUAGCGGCAAUCUAGGCGUGAGGACGCCAUUCUCUCCGCUAAGAGGAAGGGGAGGGAGCAUCUGUCGACCAGAUUUCCCUGCGCGGGGGAAGGGCGUGUGCGCUCAGAUGCGCCACCUUACAUUAUCUUUUGAGUUGUUGUUGUUUACGUAGGCAGGGGAUUGGCACUUCCAGGCGUGCCAUCCUCCCUUGGCAACGCUAAGAAUCAGUUGCUUUGACUUGUUGGAAAAAGCAAUCAUUUCGUGUCUGUCUAGUUGCAGAAAGCAGAACUCUAGAGAGUUGGCAGUGACCAGGCCAGCUUGGCAUUCUUGAGAAUGAGCACAUGCUCUUCUUGUCGCUUGGCAGGCACUGGCCCCCAUCAGUCUUUUUUGCCUCCUGGACAGUGGUGGCCCAGGACGUUUUGCCCUCCAGGGUGGCGCACGAAAUGACGCACUAACCUACUUCAGAUGUGCCAAAUACCCACAGCCAAUCACCCGAUUUUGGCACCUGAGGCAGAAAAGCCAGCAAGCCUCUCCUCCCUUGCUGCUCUUCCACAACUCUCCAGCCAGCUGUCUAUCUCAGCCACCUUCCUUUGUCUAAUGAAAGGACCAGCAUUGCUCCUGAAACCUUGCAGCAGUUGUAUGCCUCAAGGGUGGAAUGGUCACCUACUUGGAUGCAUAUAUGGUGGCAAAGAAAGUCAUUUUCAAUUUUGUAAUGUAUUCCCAGGGCUGACAAUUAGAAGCUCCUAGACUGACCACACUGCCAGUAUUUUGCAGGAGAGAGUAAGAAGACCAUACCAGAAAAUUUAGGACACGUUCCAGCUUGUCAGUAUCCUUCUUGAACUGUGGUGCCCAGAACCGGACACAGUACUCCAGGUUGGUCAAAAUGCCAGAGGACCUGGUGGCAGAGAGUGAGGAAACACUACCUGCUGCAAAUGCAAGCUCAGAUGUUAUUCCCAUGCAUCUAGUAGCUCAGGAAGCCAGUAUUUUGGACUCCAAAGCUGUUGACGGUCAUACGCAAACUGAAGAGACUGCUCUGCUGAAGAGCUGUGGGCAUCAAACUCAAGAGCCUGUGGUUGAGUCAAAGACAUCAGGGAAACUGAGGCGAAUAUGUGCCUGUCCUCCACAAGGCAUAAUUGCCAGAAUCGUGACAAAUGUGGCAGCUGUGGUGCUGGUCUGGGCUGUGGCCUGGUCCAUUACAGGCCACGAGUGCCUUCCUGGUGGGAAUCUCUUCGGAAUUUUGUUCCUCUUCUUUUCCGCUGUAAUUGGUGGAAAAUUUAUGGGCAUCAUUAAACUUCCCGGUCUGCCUCCAUUCCCUCCGCUUCUUGGAAUGCUGCUUGUUGGAUUUCUCCUCAGAAAUCUCCCACUGAUCAGUAACAUAGUCCGGAUCAACGUGAAAUGGGCAGUUGCGCUGAAAAAUAUCGCCCUCUCCAUUAUCUUGGCUCGUGCUGGCCUUGGCCUUGACCCAAAGGCUCUGAAAAAACUGAAGGCUGUCUGCUUAAGAUUAAGCGUGGGGCCCUGCAUAGUGGAAGCAUGCGCUGCAGCUGUCUUGUCUCACUUUCUCAUGCACCUGCCUUGGCAGUGGGGAUUUAUGUUAGGAUUUGUUUUAGGCGCUGUGUCCCCUGCUGUGGUUGUCCCCUCGAUGCUGAUUUUACAAGCGGGAGGCUAUGGUGUUGACAAGGGCGUCCCGACCUUGCUCAUGGCUGCUGGGAGCUUUGAUGACAUCCUGGCUAUCACGGGCUUCAAUACCUGCUUAGGGAUGGCCUUCUCCUCAGGCUCCAUCCUUGAAAAUAUCUUCCGUGGUGUGCUGGAAGUUGCUGUCGGUGUAGUAGCUGGUGGCCUUUUGGGAGUUUUCGUUUGCUACUUCCCUAGCAAGGAUCAGGCAUCCCUUGUAUGGAAGAGAGUAUUCUUUGUGGUGGGUCUAUCUGUGUUUGCUGUUUUUGGCAGCAUGUAUUUUGGCUUCCCUGGAUCCGGUGGGCUCUGCACAAUUGUCUUGGCAUUUCUGGCUGGUAUGGUGUGGUCUGAUGAUAAGAGGAAAGUUGAAGAAAUUGUUGCGGUUGCCUGGCAAAUCUUUGAACCCUUCCUGUUUGGUUUAAUUGGAGCUGAAAUAUCUAUUUCAUCUCUCAGACUUGAAACAGUUGGGCUUUGUGUGGCUACACUGGGCGUUGCACUGAUAGUCCGAAUUGUGACAACAUUCCUGUUGGUGUGUUGUGCCGGCUUUGACCUCAAGGAGAAAAUAUUUAUUUCACUGGCAUGGAUCCCCAAAGCAACCAUCCAGGCUGCAAUUGGUUCUGUUGCCUUAGAUACAGCACGAAGUCAAGGUGAAAAGGUCACAGAGAUGAAAUACAGCAUGGAUAUCUUGACGGUGGCUUUCCUGGGAAUCCUGAUCACAGCUCCAAUUGGAGCGCUGAUAAUUGGCCUGGCAGGGCCCCGACUUCUACACAAGGCUACUGAAACAAACAGUGAUGGUAAUGGACAUGAAGGAAGAGAAGAAAUGGAAACAUCUGGAGCAGUGUAAGAGUCAGGGAAUGCCCCCAGAAUCAUAUAAAUCAGUACUCUGCACUGUCUAGGUAUCACAGUGUCCCGUAGUGGCUUGCAGAAGUCUGAAAGUCCAUGGAAUACAUUGCAAUCUGAGGACUGAUGGAAAAAAUAUGAUUGAAUUAAAUCAACCUCUUCAGCCUUGACUUGGAACUUCUUGAGAGCUGUCGCAAGCAGAGUACAUCCUUCGGACAUGCCACUUCACUGCUGAAAUAUGAUCAGUCUGAUUUGGGAAUAUGAGUGCCAACAAAAGGAAACUUUUGAAGUGGUUCCUGAGAAUUAAUAAAGUUCUAGAGCAGGAAGGUAUACAGGAUUGAUAAUGUAAACAAAGAACCAAAAGUGAGAUCUUGGAUUUUUCAAACAGCUGGUAAAAGCAUUCCAUUGCUAAUUCAUGUUCAGUAGACAGAAUGUUCCCAGUCUUUGGAAUAAACUUUCACCACUUGAUAUUUAGUUUCCUUUCUUAUAUCCUAAAAUAUUAAAGUGUUUUAAAUAGAGGUUUCACCCAAAUAACAGAAUAUUCCAGUGCAAUUGUACACACGUGUACUCGGAUGUAAGCCCCGUAGAGCUUUAAUGGCAGGUAAGUCUGCAUAUGAUUCAAGCUUUAAUUAAUCUAUUUGAUUACUUGAAAAACGGCACAAAUGUUCUCAAGAAAGGCUAUGUACUUUGUUUUUUAGAUGGUGCCGUGCAUGUGCUGCAGUAGGCAUCAGAACAGGUAUUCCCCGUUCUCACCGCGCCGUCAGAGCACGAUUUCUGUUCUCAUCCUGAAGCAAAGUUCUUAACCUGAGGUACUACUUCCAGGUUAGCAGAGUCUGUAACCCAAAGUGUUUGUAACCCGAGGUGUUUGUAACCCAAGGUACAACUGUAUGUCUAUAUGUAUUUGGUAUAAUAUUUUUAUAACAACUUUUUAUUUGAAGAAGGUAUGAUUCACAUUUU